AUGUCAGGCCUUCCAGACAACUGGGAAGCCGACUACGACGGCCGUCGCUGGUUCUACAAGUACAAGCCCACGGGACACGUUCAGUACCACUUCCCCAAGGAAGGCGACGAGUUUCCGGACUUUAUCGAUAGCUUUUCGUCCGUGCCGGAUCUUGCGCCUGAGGAACGGCUCGAGUCGCAGCAGCAGGUGAGGAGGCACGGGAGUACUACUACUGUGCCCGCGAAGCUGAGUCCGAAGAAGGAUGAUGGCGGGUAUGGUAUGUCUGCUACGGCGCGGCCGGUGAGCAUGACCUGGGAUGGAUCGUACGAAGAGGAGCAUACAGUGUUUCAGCCUGAGAACUUUAUGUAUCUCGGGCCUGGGACGUAUACCGAUGUGAGUCCGCUGGCGGAAGAGGAAGAGGAAGCUGCGAAGAGAGCUGUCGCAGGAGGAAUCGAUGAGAGAUUCGACAAGAGCGGUUCAAAGGGAGUGAGCCCAUUGAACAGUGAGAAAACGACACCGGCGCAAAGUUCUUCGCAUACAGGUCCAAUCGCAGAACCAGUACUGGUACCGCCCACAGUCGUCGAGGAGAUCCACGAAAUGCCUAGCCACGAACCACCACGAGCGCCUGAUCCUGUGGGCAUCAUUGCUGAGAUGCCAACAUACGAUACAGCUCAAGCGCAUAUCGAAACGAACCCUCCACCGAUCGAGAUGGCAGAUAACACAGUUCUUGCACCGAUUGAGGCUGCGGCGCCAAUGAUCGCUGAACUACCAGAGAAGAGCAGUCCUGUGGAAAAGAAGAAGGAUGAGCCGCAACUUGCGCCUGGGUCGUUGAGGAAUUAUAGUCUGCCCAUGCAGCCUCUAAGGACUCCUCCAGAGCCAGUCGAGGAAACACCUGGGAUUCAAUCGUAUAAACCAGAGAAUCGUAUAGAGAUAACACCCCAUCCUGCACCUUUGCGGCGAUCGACAUUUCAACCUGGAUAUAUGGCAAAUGCGAGUCCGAUUCAACCACCUGAUCGAGGCCAUGCUGGUACGCCGAAUGUACUUUCGCCGCCCAAGGUACCACCCAAACGUCCUUUGGAUGAGCCAACUCAACCUCAAAUACCCCCAAAGCACGCUUUCGAUCAGUCUUCUCAAUCCAAUUUACCGCCGGGGGCCGCCAAUAAUGUGCCUUAUAUACCGGGACAGGAGCCUGAGUUAGCGCAUAUGCCAUCUGUGUUGAAACCAGCACGUGGAAAAGGUCCCGGGCAGCCCAACUCCCAACCUACGCCUGGUCCUACGAGAGGACCACAAGGCCAUGGUUAUGUACCACCUAUGCGAGGAAAACAUCCAGCAUCCAUGACCCCAGCGCCUGUUGUCCAGCAGCAACGUCCCGAAGAGCCGCGAAUGGGUGUUCAGAGAGUCAAUACUGUACCUGAUUCACUGCCAUCUCAAAGGCCACAAUCCGUGAUUCAGAAUGGACAACAAGGGCUGCCACACGGCACAGCGAAUCGACCGCUUAUGCAAAAUCGACCGGCUAGUGCGUUGCCUGAUAUGGCAAUGCAAUCACAAGCUCAGUAUCAGAGUCCGGUUGAGAGUGUUCCACCGAGAGGACUUCCUCGAUCGGCAACAGCAGGACCUACAACUCCAUUUCCUCCUUACCCGGUCGACAAUCUGCCUUAUCCUGACGACCAACCACCAUUUCGCAGAGGGGAUCUUCCAUAUCCUGAAGAGCCGUUUGUGCAGUUUCCACCAAACCAAGGUCCUGUCAGCCCAUCGCCUCCGAUUCAAAACAAUCGACGACACUCAUCGUACGGCUCUUCCAUGGUCUCGCCGGAUUCAAGGCACGGGAGCAUGUCGUUUCCUCUCCAGAGUCCCUCUCCCAUGGAACACAGUCGCCGUGCUUCAACCACUUCAAAUCAGAUUUCCAACUAUACACCUUCACCUGUAUCGCAGAAUUCAACGCCUCCUUCUGCUCUAGCAAAUCAGUAUCAACAAGGGUCUUACUUCCACAUGCCAGAUGGUGAGAGUCAGGGUUAUAAUAAUGCUGCUCGAGAUGCGCUGCGCAAACAGUCUUUGGGCCGUGGUGUAGACCCAAGACGUAACUCUGCUGGAGCAGACCCCUUCGGUGCUCAGCGCGGAUCACCUCUCUCACAGCAGAACACACAAGGAUAUAACGCAGUAUCUCAGGCGCUGCCGCAUUUGCAGUCUCCACCACAGAUAUCUCAGAUCAAUGCUGCACAACAGAAUCAGCGUCCAGAUGCUGCUCCUACACCUCCGCCGCAGGGACAGCAGAGCUUAGGACGAAUCGAAGAAUACGAAGAAGCUCCGAGCGGAACUAUCAGUCGGUCUUCAACAGCAAGUAUAACAUCUGAGAUGAGGAAGGGAUCGUUUUCUUCAUCGGCACAGCCGAGCCCGAUGGGGAGUAGAAGAGCUAGUUUGCAAUCAGAAAGUCCAAGGAAUAUUCCACCCGGCCAGCUACAAGGGCAGCAAGGACAUAUGCUCCAGGGGUACACGGGGCAGCCUAUGCCCCAAGCACAGACUCCCCAAGGUGCUCCCAUGCCGCCUCAAAAUCCGAAGCAGCUUCAGAGGAAGCCUUCACAGGGAAGUGUGCCUCCGCUCCAGGGCCGGCAAAUGCCUACCCAUGAUCCAAGGAUGGCUCAGGGAAUGCCUCAACAACAAGGUCCUGGGCCACAAGGACAACCUCUCCAGCAGAUGCCUCCACCACAAACUCAAGGCAGACCGCCUCAUCCUGGGCAGAUUAAUACUCAAGUUCAACAUGCUCCCCAAGGACCUACAUCUUCCGUGCUACCUCCCAAACCUGUUCCAACACGACUUCAAAAACGAUCUUCGUAUGGUCCACCAAGCCCAGCAGGACAGAUGGCUCCAAACGCAGCUCUCCAAGGGCCUUUGCCUCCUAGCUUGAAGGCACAGAACAUGUCGGGUCAGAUAACUCCUCCAGGACAACCGAAUGUUCUUCAAAAGACCCCUACUGGUCGUGUACAGCCUCAUGUUCAGAUCCCUCAAGAUCAGGGAAGCUGGCAGCCCAGCCCACAUCCUGUGAUGCCUCAAAGUCAACGACCGGUUUCAAUGCAGCCUGGAUCAUCACAAAGUGCUGGCGCUAAGGAAGGUAAAGAAGGAAAGAAGUGGUUGAAAUGGUUGAAAGGUGGUUCCAAGUCUGUCUCGCACAGCCCGACGACGCCAGUUAUCUCUUCGCCUAUCUCAUCACCAAUUGUUGGGCGUCCAGGCUGGGGUGGAGAGUAUCAACAGCAGGCUGUAUGGCAACCUGGACAACCUAUGGCUGCUGGGCCGCAACCAGGUCCGCAGGGCAACCUACCGCCGUCACAGUCGAUGUACAUGCAGCCUCAACAUAUGCAAAUGGCUCCUCAGCAGCAGAUGCAGCCUCAACCCGCUCGAAGGGCUUCCUAUUCUUUCCAAUUAGCUCCUGAACCGAAUCAAAUGGGCUUCGACCCUAAUCAGCCUGGUCAGAUGCAGAUGUACUCCGAGCAGGUGGCUUCUCAAGCAGUACAACAGCCGCCUCAGAGGAGAUACUCACCUCCCCAGCAGGGGCAAACUCCUACUCAACAGGGACAAACGCCUAUGCAGCAGGGACAAGCGCCCCCUCCGAAGAGAUACUCGCCUCCUCAGCAGAUGCAAACGCCCAUCCAACAAGGACAAGUACCUAUCCAACAGGGACAAACGCCCCCUCAUCAAGGUCAAAGGCGUCCACAGUCAGAACAGCUAUCCUUCCAAAAGAGGUUGUCACUUCAACAAACGCUAGUGUCAGGACGGGUUGAUAACAAUGCUCCAAUGGUCACUCAGGGCCCGGCUCCAGGUCCAGGAACAAUGCCUCGACAACAUGAGCUUCAAGGACAACCAACAGGAACACCUUCUAUGACAGGACCUCCGGUGAGGAUGUCUUCUAAUAACCUCGGGCCUGUUAUGAAUGCACCUGUGGGGGCUACCUCGAAUAACGUUCCUCGUCAGCAACCAACACCACCGCGUCAACCUUCUCCUGGUCAGAUUAGACCUUUACAACAAGUUCCUUCUCCUCAGCCUUCAAUAAAUGAGCCUUCACAGUCACCUCAACUCUUGGCAUCCAAUCAUCUCCAACAUGACACAGUUACCAAUGAUGUCCCGUCGCCACAUUCGCUCGCAGCGGUUACCCCAGGAACUCCUAUAAGCCGCAUGUCUUCUACGAGAAGCUAUUUCUCCGACGCCGGGUCCAUCACGACGAUCGAGGUGGCACAGGCCCAGACACAGCCUGUGUUGAAGCCUUCUAUUGUUCAAGUCAAACGAAGAUCCACGGAUAUGUUGACGCAGGCUCAUGAUGUGCCGUCGAGCUCUGAUGCUACUCCGAGAAUCUCUGAAGAGACAAAGCGUCUUGGGCCAGAGCUACCUUCGCCGCCUUCAACUCUCCAGCAUCAGCAAGCUGUUCCACGAUCUGAGCCGACGCCCCAAAUUGAUGUUCCUAAGGACACUGGUCCAGCAUCUUUGUCCUCAUUUGCUGCUGCACGACCUGAGCCGACACCUCAAGUUGAUAUCCCUAAAGACAACGUUCCGGCUCCUUUGUUCUCUAACUCCGAUGCCCCAAAGACUGUUCAACCCGAAGCUCUGGCUAAACUUGAGAACAAAGAGCCGCAAGCUCCAUCGCAGCCCGAACAACCCUCACCUGCUCCCAUCAACAAUUUUGUCCCAGACCAACAGAACAAUCUUGUCGAAGCCAAAGCGGUCGAAGUACAACCAGAACCUGCCAAGCCUGCCCCUGUGGUUGAAAAUAAAUGGGCAAAGAAGCCAGUGGACUAUUCUGGUGGAGAUUGGGGAGAUGAUGAUGAUUGGGACUACUAA